CGUGCUGAGUGUCUGCUGCGGUCGAGCGCAAGCUUGGUGGAGGAGACGGCAACGCGCGCAUGGCGGAGCAACGUGCUCGGCGUUUCGCGCGCGAAGCUUCAUAAGCGGCACCGUGCCCGCUCUUUCCCUCCUUCUCCACCACGUCCUCAACCACCGCACAUCCAACACACAACCCAACAUGUCGCAGUCUCCCCAGCGCGUCCUCGUCUUCCUCGCCACCGGCAAGCAGGGCCGCGGCGUCGUCUCGGCGCUCUCCGCCGCCGGCGGCUACACAGUGCUGGCGCAGACGCGCUCGGCCAAGUCGGGCGCCGCAAAGGCGCUCGCCAAGCUGCCCGGCGUGCAGCUCGUCGAGGCGCCGUACGACGUGGCGCAGGUGUUCGACAAGGCCGCGCAGCUCGGCCUCACCACGGGCGACGCCGUCUUCUCCGUGCAGAAGUCGUUCGACAACCCCGAGAAGGGCCUCGAGGGCGAGGUGGCGCAGGGCAAGGCCAUCGCCGACGCCGCCGCCGAGCGCGGCCUGCACCUCGUCUACUCGUCCGUCGGCAUGGGCUCCGGCUCGCCCGAGGCGCGCGCCAGCGCCGAGCGCGUGCCGCACUUUGAGAGCAAGAUGCGCAUCGAGGCGCACAUCGACGAGCUGCGCAAGAGCCACGCCGACUGGAAGGUCACCGUGCUGCGCCCCGCCGCCUUCUACGACAACUUCGCCCAGGACCAGGGCUUCAUGGGCCGCCUCUCGCUGAGCGCCUUCGCCGGCAGCGUGCACAAGCCGCUGCAGCUCAUUGCCUGCUCCGACAUCGGCGGCUUUGUGCGCCUGGCGCUGCAGGCGCCGCAGGAGUACGACGGCCUCGAGAUUGCCGGCGACGAGCUCACGAUGGAGCAGCUGCAGGAGCAGUUCAAGGACGUCAAGCACCGCGGCGCGCCGAUGAGCUUCGGCUUCCUCGGCUGGGCGCUGGCCAAGGGCGUCAAGGAGAUGCGCGAGAUGAUCCGCUUCUUCAACGAGACGGGUUACGCGGCCGACAUCGCGGCGCUGCGCCAGAAGAACCCGGAGCUCAAGACGUGGAAGCAGUGGCUCGAGCAGGAGUACGAGGCGGAGCACUCAGCCUGAGCGUGCUUGGCCCGUGCGUCGUGUGCAUCCCGUCUAUACCUCUGCGCAUGCCUCCUGAAUGCGCACCAGCUCGAAUGAGAUGACCUCCACUCUG